GCAAUAGUGAGGUCAAAAGUUCACAGCUACGCAUGGAGACUUGUGUUGAGGAAAAGCGUGUUGGUUUCGAGGUCUCCAAAGGCCUCAUUAUCCGAGAGAGGGACCUGAGGGACUGUAUUGGUAGAUUGAAACAUUCUGGGUCCGAUGAAUCCGCGCUGGUCGUGACGGAGAGGGAACACGGAGAGUGUACGAACAACGUCCCAUGCACAACCGUUUGUGUGGACGGACCACGUGAUGCGAGGCUCGUAAUAAGUCUCUCCUGGGAGGCAGACAGUGCUUGGACACUUCGUAUGUUGACGGUGCUGUCGAGGUGUGCACGGCUGCGGAUGUUGAUGGCGUGGUGCUCCACAUUGGGAGGAGCUCAUUCUCAGCUGGGGGACACACUCCCUGAUCAUGCAGUUCUAGCUGGUGAGCUCUCACUGAAGCAGCUGGCUCUAGCUACGGACAUGGACGAUCCCUUACUUGCCUCCAAGUGCAAGAUUUUCACUGCGUACAGUCUGCUGCAGAGGGGAAAGCUAAAACCGGCCUCCAUAAUCAUCAAAUCUCUGACUCACCUGCAGCUUUGCUCAUGUCAGCGUCUGGUGAGCGUAAGUGGAGAGUGCAAUGCAUUUGACAACAGUAUCAUUAUGCCACAGAAGAAGCUGUCACUCAAGAUGAAA